AUGUUACCCAGAGAAGACGAAAUACAUGGUAGGCUUCAUAAAUUGAGACCCAUUAUAAAGGCCCUGUCGUUGAAAUUUCAGAGAGUCCCAUUGGAAAAAAGCCUAUCAGUGGAUGAACAGUUAUGUGCCACAAAGGCAAGGCAUCAUUUGAAACAAUAUAUGCCAGCAAAGCCUCAUAAGUGGGGUUAUAAGCUGUUCGUUCUUUGUGGAGCUAGUGGCUUCUCCUAUAAUUUCGAAAUUUAUAGUGAUGCCGAAAAUCAGCCAAAAUUCAGACUACCAGAUGAACCAGAUUUGGGAGCAGCUUCAAAUACUGUCAUACGUUUAUCCAGAGAGGUUCCAACUAAUUUGAAUCAUGUGGUCUACUUUGAUAAUUACUAUACAUCAGUUCCGCUCAUGUCAUUUCUGGCUAGUAGAGGUAUAUUUCCUCUAGGAACUGUGAGAAGAAAUCGGGCUCCCAAUAAUUGCAAGUUGCCUUCAGAAGAAAAAAUUUAA